GCAAAGGUAUCAACAGUCGGUUCAAAGCGUUCCUGCAGCAAACAUCUUAUCAACCCAGAGACCAACCAACCACCAAACAACCCAACAACAAUGAACUUCUCCAAGAUCUUCAUCUUUGUCGUGCUGGCAGUGCUGUUGCUCUGCAGUCAGACGGAAGCGGGACGGCUGAAGAAGCUGGGAAAGAAAAUUGAGGGAGCCGGCAAGCGAGUGUUCAAGGCAGCAGAGAAGGCCCUACCGGUGGUGGCAGGCGUUAAGGCGCUCGGUUAGAGCGUCGGCAGGAGGAUGGUUCUAUUCGUGCUUAAGACGACAGCUCUGCUAACAUGAUAUGGUAAAAAUGGAGAGAGAGAGAGGGAGAGAGAUGAAUCAGCUUUAACAGAUCUGUGGGCAGGGAGGGGAAAAGUGAUAAAAUUAUAGCAUGUAGUAAACAGAUCUUGACUAGUUCGGCAAAUAAAUUUCACUUCUUAUCUAACCGCAA